AUGGAAUGUAUAACGGUUGAUAAUCAUGAACGACCGUUAAAAAAUAUGAAUAGUUAUGAACAUCUGUCUCAUGCUACACCUACAUCACCAGCCAAUCUGUCUAUGAUUAUUUCGCAAUCAUAUAAACCGUUACAUGUUAAAUCGACACAAUUUAAUAAGAAUACAAUUGCCGUUACGAAAGGUACUCAUGUAAAAGCACUUUAUGCAAUAUCCAAUUGGGUAUUUAUUGAAAUACCUGAAACUGGUGAAACUGGUUUUAUACCAAUUUAUUGUACUCGUUUACUUGAACCUGUUAAUUCAUCAUUUGAAUCAUCUUCUCAAAAUAAUAUUAGUUUACUUAAUGUUAGCAUUUGUGACAAACCACGUUAUUCACGUUUAUCAAUUACAAAUAAUCGAUCGUAUAGUAUGUCAGCACCACGACAUGGUCGUUUUAUUUCAUCAAUUGGACCAUGUUAUUUAAAUAAUGAACCACAACUUUCCAAAAGUUCACGUUUAACUAAAACAACAACAUUUACUCGUCCACAAAUUAAAGAUGAAUCAAUUUUAUCUCAACAAAUUUCAAAUAUGUCUCUACAUAUUUCUGAUAAAGAUGCUUAUGAAACAUUAAAUUUAACUCCACAUAAAAAUUUAUCAUUAAGUCUUUUAGAUAAUGAACCAGUGAUUUUUCGUUCAAAUAAUCGUUUACGUGUUAUUGAAAAUUAUCAAAGACAAUUUAUUGGUGAUAUAAGUGUACUUGAAUCUGAAGUUGUUACACUUGUUAAUCCAAGUGAAUCUAUUGGUGAUUGGCGAUUAGUCAAACGUGGUGAUGGACAACAAGGUUAUAUACCGAAAAAUAUUGUUAUAUUAGAUCGAAAUUUUACUUAA